AUGGCCGCGCCUCCUCUGCCGCCGCUCCUCGGGGCCCUGCUGGUGAUGAUCGUGCUGGGGGCGCCCUCCUCCGCUGCCCGGGCCUUGUUCGCCAACGCCCGCGUCGCCGGGACGGUGGUGAGGCUGGGGGUGCUGCUGCCCGAGCGCAACGUGCGCUACCCCUGGGCCUGGCCGCGCGUCCAACCCGCCCUGAGCCUGGCCCGGGAGGCGCUGCAGCCCCUGCUGAGCCGCCAAGGCCUCCGCAGCGUCCGCCUCGCCUUCGCCGCCAACGAGGAGGACGACGAGAAAGGCGACUGCCAAUCCAAAGUGACCCCCUACUCGGCCAUAAGUCGGUUGCGCUCCCACGUGCCCGAUGUGUUGCUCGGGGUGGGCUGCCCCUUAGAAAGCUUCUCAUACUAUCUCCUGCUGGGGAGCCUGCCGCUGCUUCGAGCGGGGGUCUACCAGAAGAGUAGCGAGUCCAUCAAGACGGUGUACGCCGGCCCGACGGGGCCCAACCUCAGCGCCUUCCUGGCCCAGCUGCUGGGGCACUUCAACUGGACCUCCCGGGCCGCCUUUGUCUUCAGUGCCGAGAGAGAUUACUGGCCAGAUUCCAAUCCCGACUUGUGGAGCUUGGAGGAGGAGCUGGCGGACACCCCCAACUUCACGGCCCGCCUCUACCAAUAUCAGCAGCCAGACCAGACGGUCACGUUUAUCCAGGCCAAUGGGCGAGUGGUCUAUAUCUUUGGGUUCCUGGAAAUGCUGCAGGAGGUCAUGCACAUGGCGCAGGCUCAGAACAUGACCACCGGUGACUACGUCUUCCUGUAUGUGGACAUUUGGGGGGAAAGCCUGAGAGCUGAGGGGCAUCGUGAGGCAGCCAAGCCCUGGCAGAGCAAGGAGAGCCAAGAUGCAGGAGGCCUCCGAGAGGCCUUCCAGACGGUGCUGGUGGUCACUCCCCAUGAGCCCCAAACCCCCGAAUACCGGCGUUUCCAGAGCCAGCUGAUCCUGCGUGCCCAGAGAGACUUUGGUCUGGUAGUGAAUGACUCCCUGGGGACCCUGGUGGCCGGCUGCUUCCAUGAUGUACUGCUAAUGUAUCUCAAGGCCGUGAGUGAAACUGUGCAGGAAGGUGGACACAAGGAGAAUACCAGCCGCAUCCUGGAAAAGAUGAGGGGCCAGAAAUUCCAGGGUGUCACUGGGAUGGUGAGCCUCAACAGCAACUAUGAGCGAGAGACGGAUUUUGACCUGUGGGCCAUGAAGGAUGUGGAGACUGGAGAAUACCAGGUGGUGGGUCAUUACAUGGGAUCAGAGAAGUGGAUCAACUGGACUGGGCCCAUCCAUUGGAAGAAGGGGGGCCCUCCUCUCGACAAUCCACCCUGUGUCUUCGACAUGGAUGAACCCUCCUGUGGUAAGAUUGAGUGUGUCCAAGGAUCGGAGGGACUUGAUCUCACUGGCCUGUCUGCAUUGGCCAUCCCUAAGCCCUUUCAUCCCCUCUGCCACCUCCAGUGGUGAUCCAUCUGCCAGGCAGGACAACCCUAAGUAGGAAUGUUCAAACACCUGCCAUUUUGCCUCACGUUCUGCUGUCUGGUUGGGA